ACAGGCAAGACCAACCCCAGCAAUAAGGCUGGUGCUGCCGCCAAGGCAGUUCUGAAGGGUGCAGGUGCGCACAAGGCUCGCAAGGUCCGCACCUCGACCACCUUCCACCGCCCCAAGACCCUUCAGCUUUCCCGGUCGCCCAAGUACCCCCGCAAGUCGGUCCCUCAUGGCCCCCGCCUCGACUCACACAAGGUCAUCCUCUACCCCCUUAACACCGAGAGCGCCAUGAAGAAGAUCGAGGAAAACAACACCCUCGUCUUCAUCGUCGACGUCAAGGCCAACAAGCGCCAGAUCAAGCAGGCCCUCAAGAAGCUCUACGACGUCGAGACCGUCAAGGUUAACUCCCUCGUCAGACCUGAUGGCUCGAAGAAGGUCUACGCGCGGUUAACCCCUGAUGUCGACGCUUUGGACAUUGCUGCUACCAAGCUUGCUAUUGUCUAG